AUGUCUUCCGGGAUCUUGAAAGUUAAAGGCAACAAAAUUGUCGAUAACGACGGCAAUGAAGUCCUCCUUCGGGGUGCAGCCAUCGGAGGAUGGAUGAAUAUGGAAAACUUCAUUACCGGAUAUCCAGGCCACGAGUCGCAACACCGUACUGCAAUGAAGAAGGUUCUAGGGCCAGAGAAAUAUGAGUUCUUCUUUGACAGAUGGCUGGAAUAUUUCUUCACUGAGGCAGAUGCCAAGUUCUUUGCCGGACUGGGAUUGAACUGUAUUCGGAUCCCCUUCAACUACCGACAUCUAGAAGAUGAUAUGAAUCCGCGUGUGCUUAAGGAGUCCGGAUUUAAACAUUUGGAUCGGGUGGUAGACUUGCACCUGGAGGCCAAAAUGGUGACUGGCAUUCAGAUAACUUCACCAGCUACGCUGCGUUCUGGGACUACAAGGAUCACCAGGACAGAACAGUAUGGCUAUGGGAACAGAUUGCGGCUAGAUACAGGUCUAACCCGUGGGUCGCCGGGUAUAAUCCUCUUAACGAACCGUGCGACCCCGAGCAUGUUAGACUCCCUGCAUUUUACGAGAGGGUCGAGAAGGCUAUCCGUGCCGUUGACCCAGACCAUAUUCUAUGGCUAG